CUCAGAGACAGAAACCUCUCUGCAGUGACUCGUCUAUGUGUAGUUCUCUUUUUGUGUCAUGUGACCCAUGUUGUGGUUUGUGAGCAGCUUAUUUUCCUCCUCAUAUUUCUGCAAGACUUCCUGUCCAUCACAUGAACAUGGCAAACCACUCUAAACUUGUAUUUCCUGAAUGUAUAUACUUUAGAAAACCCCCAAGCGCUCCUGAUUGAUAUUAGAUGAUUAAACAGUUAGCAGUCAGACCCAGGCCACCUCCUCUGGGUGAAUAUGAGCGCUUGUUUUACUUUAGGUCAAAGGGCAGACAUGAUUUGAGCUUUAAAAAUCCAUCUGGGAACCAAAUGAGGAUCCUCAUAUUGUGAAUUACAUAUUAUUUUCAAGCUAGUUUAUCUGUAAAUUCUUUUACUACAAGUAAGAAUAAUCAUACUUGUCUUUUUUUUUUUUUUGGUUACUUCCUUUUUUCACUUCUUUCAGCUUGAGUCUUUACAACAGACUUCACUGUUCUCAAGGAAAGUCGAUAUUAAUAAACAGUUGUGCACAAACUAAAGCGCUGGGUAUGUUGGUUGAUUAUCAGAGUAAAGAUUUUCUACUCAGCAUGCAAAAGUGUGUAUUUCCAUUUACAGCUGUGCGGAUCUGUCAUAAAGCAGGCAGAGCAGGGCCCUCCUCUCUUCACUUCUCAAAUGAGGAAGUUCAGGGCCGAGCUUGUAGCAGCUUCCUUUUACAGCUUUCGGAGGUAGUGGAUGAACUAGUGAAAGAAAGCACGUAGAAGUUACGCAUCAUGAAAAGAUGACACUAGCCGGACAGAAAAACUGAGUCUCCUUUUGUUUGCUGGAAUAUCGUUUGAGAGCAGAUGCAAAACUCCUGAGCUCAGUUUGCGGCGUGAGAGGCAGGAUGCAGAGUUUUCAGCCUUGGUACCAUGGUAAUAUAACUCGAUCCAAAGCUGAGGAUCUUCUUUCCAAAGCAGCGAGAGAUGGAAGCUUCCUUAUCCGGGACAGUGAGUCCAUACAGGGAGCAUAUGCCCUCUGUGUUUUAUACCAGAACUGCGUGUACACAUACAGGAUCCUGCCGAAUGAGGAUAGGAAGCUCUCUGUCCAGGCAUCUGAAGGAGUUCCUAUCAGGUUCUUCACUAUGCUGCCUGAGCUGGUGGAGGCGUAUUACAGUCCCAACAUGGGCCUGGUCACGCAUUUGCAGUACUCCAUCCAGAGGGAGGAGGAGGUGGACGAGGAACCAGAAUCCAACAAUCUCCCACCGCAGCUUCCACCCAGGAACUUCACAGCAAAUGACAUGAAAGAUGGUGACUCCAAGUCCUCUGAGCAGGCCUGCAAAUCUUUAUCAGACACCUACCUGAUGAGGCUGCAGCACAUGGAUCUGUCCGUAGUAACUGAGGAGCAUCAAAUGGCCAUCCAGGAAUACUUCAGGACCUCACUCUGCUUGGAUGCUGAACAAGUACAGAACGGUAACCACAACCUCCCCGGCCUUAAGAAGCUACUGCUGUCGAUCUGCAAGACUCUAAACAGUGAAAUUUCCCACAUCAUGCCAGCUCUGGAGGUCUUCCAUAAAACGUUGGACCAACAGCUCUCUCCGGGGAUUGGCCAGUAUCCAAGACAUAUUUCUGCCGAUUCAGGUCAUUCUGUGUCCUUUAGGAUGGAGCAACUGACAAAACUGCUCUACUCGAUAGAAGAUAAGGCUAAAAGUUAUAUGUUUGAGUCCGUUGGAUAUGAGGGAGGUCACAGGAAAUCUCUCAUACCGCUGGUUACGUUCGAGGUCAAGCAAGAUACUCUUGCUCUUCCCACAAAGAUGUUCCUGAAAGUAGAUGUUGAAAGUGGGAAACUCUACUUCAAGAAGUCAAAAGAUGGGCCUGAAGACAAAUACUAUGUGCACAAUAAAAUUCUGCAGUUGGUGAAAUCUCAGAAAAUGCACGCCAAACUAGUCAUCGUCGUGGAGACAGAGAAAGAGAAGAUUUCCCGUAAAGACUUUGUGUUUGAUGACACAAAGAAAAGAGAGGGAUUCUGCCAACUGCUUCAACAAAUGAAGAACAAACACUCUGAAAAGCCUGAACCAGACAUGAUCACGGUGUUUAUUGGCACCUGGAACAUGGGAAACGCAGGACCUCCCCACAACUUCAACUCCUGGUUUCAGUGUAAAGGCCAAGGUAAGACACGAGACGACACCGCGGAUCACAUCCCGCAUGAUUUCUACGUCAUCGGGACUCAGGAGGAUCCUCUGGGCGAGAGGGAGUGGGCGGACACAGUGAAGGGAGUCCUGAGGAACAUCACAAACAUCAGCUUCAAACAGGUGGCGAUUCACACUCUGUGGAACAUCCGGAUCGUGGUCCUGGCCAAGCCUGAGCACGAAAACAGGAUCUCCCAUAUUUUCUCUGACAGCGUGAAGACGGGGAUCGCCAACACUCUGGGAAACAAGGGAGCAGUGGGAGUGUCCUUCAUGUUCAACGGUACAUCUUUUGGCUUUGUCAACAGUCACCUGACCUCUGGAAGUGAGAAGAAGCUCAGACGCAAUCAAAACUACACCAACAUCCUGCGAUUUCUGAAUCUGGGGGACAAGAAGCUCAAUCCGUUUGACAUCACAAACCGCUUCACCCACCUCUUCUGGCUCGGGGAUUUGAACUACCGCGUUGAAUUCCCAUCUACAGAAGCUGAGUACAUUGUGACAAAGAUCAAACAGCAGCAGUACCAGGAACUCCUCUGUAAAGACCAGCUCAGCAUGGAGAGGGAUGAUGGAAAGGUCUUCUUGCAUUUUGAUGAGGAGGAAAUCACAUUUGCACCAACCUAUCGCUUUGAACGAGACACACGAGAGAAGUAUGCCUACACAAAGGCCAAAGCCACAGGGACAAAAUACAAUUUACCCUCGUGGUGUGAUCGUGUCCUGCGGAAGUCAUACCCUCUGGUUCAUGUUGUCUGCCAAGCUUAUGGGUGCACUAAUGACAUCAUGACAAGUGACCACUCACCAGUCUUUGCCUCAUUUGAAGUUGGAGUAGCUUCACAGUUUGUCUCCAAGCAAGAUCCAAACAGUGCACCUCAGGGUGGGAUACAAAUCAUGAACUGUGUGGCCAUAUUGUCGACAAAAUCAAAGACCAAGUUCUUCAUUGAAUAUCAUUCCAGCUGCUUGGAGAAAACUGUGAAGACUUCAGAGGGAGAUAACACAGAGCACUCGGACGGCUCCAUAAAAGUUUGGUUCGGCAACCAAGUUGUGCUCACCCCCAUCAUCUCUGACCCCGAGUACCUCCUGGACCAGCACAUCCUCAUCUGUGUGAAGUCGACAGACUGUGACGAGUCGUACGGUGAGGGCUGUAUUGCGCUGCGAGCUGCUGAGUUCUGCUACACCGAGUUUCAGGUCACACUGACUCACCAUGGAGAGAAGACGGGCACCUUGACAGGCGGCAUCCAGUUGCAAACCUCUGAGGGCAAGCCCACGGAGAAGUUAUACGAUUUCAUCAAAGUUGAAAGGGACGACCCUGUCAACUCAAAAGGGAAAGGCGGUGACCAAAACAAGUGUUCCAUCACCCAAGCACAUGAUAUUUCCAACCCGAAUUACAUGUCCUACAAAAGUGGGAAUGUGAUGGAUAAAGGCUGGAGUUACAGCAUGCCACCAAAAAAUGUCACUAUUGGGCAAGGGAGUAAAGACUCCAAGAAGGGUGGUUUUGACGUGAGCACACGCAGCCCCACAGGAAAACCUUGUCCCAUGGGGGAGGAUGGAAAGUCGUCAGAGAUGUUUGACAACCCGCUGUACGGUUCAAUGGGACUGUCCCAUGGAAGAGGCAAGGACCAAGACCUCCAGCAGAAAGACCACCUCAUACCCCCAGAUCCAUUUUUUGCACUCAAACCAGCAGAUGGAGACGCUGACCGCCCCCCGGUGCCCACCCCACGCAACCGCUCCUUCACCUGCUCUGAGACCAAACCUCAUCCUCCAACCCCCAGCACCUCGCAUCCCUCAGCUCAAAAGAAACCAGUGGUACCCUCACGCUCAGAAGGUGGGAUGGCACAGAACCGGCCCCGUUUACCAGCUAAGGCCCGACCAGGCAUGCCGGAGCCCCAGACCCCUAAACCCAGAGACUACAGAGACAACUCCGAACUCCCCAGCAAACUCAGACUGCCGGCGAGACCUGGCCAAUCACAGUCUCACAAAGACACACUUCCUGAAGUUCCCAAGAUGGGUCGCUCUGUGAAGUGAGAUCAAGCUACAGCGCUGGUCCUCACUGAUUGUACAGCUUCCUGCUCUGCAUUUCUGGAAAUAUAAAAUACACAAAGAAAAGUCUUCAGCCAGUCACUCCCCUUACUGUGUGUGUGUGUGUGUGUGUGUGUGUCACUGAUGUGUGGUUAUUCAUUUAUCAACACUCUGGGAAAUACUCCUGUUUUCUUUCUUGCUAAGAGUUGGAUGAGAUUAUAAUUCUUUACAAUAUGAAGCUACAGCCAGCGGUCAGUUAACUUAGCUUAGCAUAAAGGCUGGAGACAGUGGAAAACAAGCUAUACAAAUACCUUCAUGCUAAGCUAAGCUAACCUGUCAGUGGCUGUAGUUCCUUAUUUAACAGGCAGAAAUUGAAUGUGGUAUCAAUCUUCUCAUCUAAGAUUUAGCAAGACGGUGAAUAAGCAGUCCUCAAGUGUGGGACUGUUCCUGUGAAAUAAGACCCGUUUUCCAAUUUCUGCUGAGCUCGCAUUACAACAUAGGUUUAAAUUGAACUCUGCUACUAAGUAAUUAUGUUUAAUUUCAUGUAGAGUUUUACACUAUACAGUGGCUAACGAAUGUUUACCGCACAGUAUUAUGUUGCACAGACAUUGACAUGUUUGCCUUGAAGAUCUAUGAUAAGUGCUACAAUAAAUUUAAAUGUUAACGCUUAA